AUGCCCACUCGAACCCUUCAUGCCCUAUGCCCUACCUCCCACAACCGUUCCUCGCUCGAAACCCUCCAACCCUCCUUCAUCCUCGGAUUCCUCCUCGUCCUCACCGGCGCUCUCCACCGCAGCGCAUGCUACUCCUCCCUCGGCUCUCUCCACACCUACGAAGUCAUCCUCCGUCCAUCCCACUCCCUGAUAACCUCCGGCCCUUACGCCUACGCCCGUCAUCUGAGCUACACCGCCGUAGGUAUGAGUAUCCUCGGUGUCCUGACGAUACAUUUCGGCGAGGGAGGAUGGAAUAGGACGUGUGGGAUGAUGGCGGUGCCGGUGGUCGGAUGGGGUGGGCGCUGUAUGUCGUGUUGGCGGGGUUUGUGGGUGUGUCGUUAG